UUCUCUCCGUUGUCAUGGUAACUCUUUAGCGUCUAAAAAUGGCAUCUCUACUUGGGAAGAAAGUGUUUGAAAUAAAUGGGCAGGGUCCCCCUCCUACAAAAGAUUUUUUUCAGCUUACUGUCACUAAAACGGAGGUGAUAUGGAGAUCGUGGAAGAUUUCUUUGCGGAUUGAAUUCAAGGGUGCUGCACCUGGAGAAAAUAGGAUGACCCACGAUGACUAUUUGCAUAAUGCCCGCAUGCAGCAACAGGUAGGUGUGGUGUUUGGCCAGCAGAUCCUACAGUACACCCAAGCACUGUGCCAAGGGAACUUUGACUACCUGGAGCGCCUGCCCAAUGACCUCCUGCUCCAAAUCCUGGCCUUCCUGGAACUGAAAGACGUAGCACAGCUGGCACAGACCACAAAGAGGUUCCACAAGCUCUGCAACUCUCCAGAGUUCUGGGAACAGACUGUGAGGGGUCGCUGUGAUGAGCUCACACCUGAGAUGGAGGCCCUAGCCAAUGCCAUGGGCUGGAGGAAGAUAUUCUUUGCCUUCUUCAACACCAAAGAGCACCAGCAAUAUGUACAGGGAGGUAGCUAGACACUUAAACAAGACAGUGUUACUCCUCUCAUAAUAAAGAUUUGAGGAAAUGUCACUUUCUCUGCCAGUA